AUGCAGGUGCACGAGAUUCAUGGCCCAUGGGCACAGCGCCGAUGCGCCUGCAGUCUUGGUGUUUUGCCUGUCCGCGCCAUCAUUCGCUCGGUCGGAUUCCUUGCUCUCCUCCACGCCCCAAAAAGCACACAGGACACAAACGCCGCGCCCCACGGAGCUCGACCGCCGUUUGCCAUGGCCUGA